AUGUCUAAACAAGCUAAAAACCCAUCCAUCGCUAAACUGGUCGAUACCGCGGCCGUAAACGCAGAACAGGGCCAAGGGCCGCAGUCGAAAGCUGAUCCGAAUAAUAAGUUUGCUGCGCCGUCGUCAGCGUCGUCGGCGUCAACUUUUUCAUCCAACGGUAUUCAGGCUCAACAAGCGGCUCAACAGGCCAAUUUCCAAAAUAACGGUGGGCAAUAUUUCCCAAUGCAACAGCAACAGCACCCUCAGCAACAGAUACCUCAGCAGUAUGGUACCAGUUUUCUGCCUCCUCCUAACCCGAUGAACGUGCAACAACCGUACUAUAUCCCGUUCUUCCCAAAUCCUUACUACAACCCUUCGCAGCAGCAACAACACAUAUCGCAACAGCGGUUUUCGUCAGGGAUACAACCCACUUCGAUGUCACCCAACGGAUCGAUCAAAUUGCCUACAUUUUCCGGCUCGGAUGCCUAUUACCAGAAAGGCCAACAGGGACCACAGGCUCCAGCGGGCGUUGAAACAGCCGCACAAGGGCUGAUCCCCCAAAACUCUGGAUAUAUGGAAGCAGGGGCCGAGGCUGGUGGUGCUUUAAAGCAAAAUAUAUAUGAAGGUAUCUCUCCAUCAAAGAGAGCACAACAGUCGGUGGAUCCUGACAACGAGUCCAAGCCUUACAAAUGUGCCCAGUGUGACUGGGCUUUUAUUCGUCACAGCGACUUACGCCGUCACGCAAGAUCGCACGGGUCUCCUGAAUACCACUGUCCUUACUGGCAUCCGGAGUAUGCCACGUGUCCGCACAGAAAUCAGGGAUCAUUCAAUAGAUUGGAUGUUCUGAAGAGACAUCUGCGGUUGGUUCAUUUCGACCCUGAGGUGAAGGAAGAGGGAAGAGAGAGCUUGGUAAGACGACAGGACACGGGUACUUGUUUGUCGUGUGGCAAAUACUUUGUGAACAGCAAGGCGUUCAUUGACCAUGUUGAUGACUGUGCUCUGAAUACCCCUAUGGAGCAAUGGAGAUUCAAGAAGAAUGGUAUUGUCACCAGUGUCAAGAAGGAUGGAAACAGAGGGUUCGAUGAGGGUCUAGAGCCUAAUUCGGAACACCCAUAUCAGAACAACAUAGAACAGAGAGUUCUUACAGGAGACGACAUUCUAGAGAAGUCCUCAGGUUUAAAAUAUAGGGAAUCAGAGUCUGAGCCAGUGGAAGCAGAUGCCGUUAACAACAAAAGAUUGGCUUCUUCACUCGACGGCAGCAAAAAUGCUAGCCACAAUUAUCUGAAGCGCCCGAGAGGACGACCAAGAAAGCUUAUGUCAUGA